GCCAAGUAAAUCGACAACAUGUUCAAAUUGAUCUGCUUCUUUGCUCUCUUGGUGGCCGCCUUCGCCGCCCCAAACCCAGCCCCGGCUCCAGCCCCCAAAGCUGACCCCAUCUACGCCUUGAGCUACACCGCUGGCACGCCCUUGACUUACAGCUACUCUCACCCCAUCACUUAUGACUAUGGAUAUGGAUUGUCCCCAUAUGCUGCUGGUUACUACGGAAGCUACUCGUACGGACUUCCCUUAGCCUACAGAAAUCUUUACUACUAACGCAAUUACGAAAUGGGAGGAAAUGGAUCACGCUGUUAUAAUAGGAAACAUAUUUUCAGAUGUCAAAACUUCUAAAUUGUCGAUUAAAUUAAAUAAUAAGUAAA